GAUGGCGCUGACAUAGACUGAUGUAACAUAAGUUACAGUUUAAGUACUUAACUGAGAUAAACAGGUGUUAAGUUGUAUUUAAGGACCUGUUGGAUAUCAUGUCAGAUUUUGCACCAAGUGGUUCCAACUUUGCUGACUCUGAAGAUGCAGCAGACCAAGAUUACACUGAUGAAAAUUUAUUACAGAGGACCUCUGACCAGCAAAGUACUCACAGUAUAAAAGCAGAUUCUCCACAAAGUUGUGUACAGUCAUGGAAUGACAGUGAUGUUUCGACCAGCUGGAAGAUAAAGAUGAGCAACAACAUUGCCCUUAGUAAAAAAACACUAGAAAACUAUUCAACAUGUUUUCUGUUUCACACAGAUAAGGCCAGAGAAAUGUUAACUGGUCUAACUAUAGCUGAAUGCACUCCAGCACAAGAUAGAGAAUUGUAUAAUAUUAUCCCUAAAAAGAAGAUAAAAGCUGAAUCUGUGGCUACUGUUGCUGCUUUGAAAGUUUCUUCAAAGAUGGCCUGCUCUGUUUGUAGCACAGUCUUUACAACAAGGAAUGAGCAGAUUCAGCAUUAUAAACUAGACUGGCACAGGUUCAACCUGAAGCAGAAACUAGCUGGAAAGCUACCAGUGUCUGAAGAUACUUUCGAUACUGUGGCUGAUGACAUCUCCAGUUUGUCUGCAUCAGACUUGGAGUCAGACUAUGAAGACUCAGAAAGGGAUUACACUGAUACAAGUGGAAGUGAGGCCCUAAGUAGUCCAGUAAGACGUCCAAGGCCAUCAGGCAUCCCUACACGCAUUCGUUUUAAAAAGUUGCAUCAUCAGGCUCCUAGUGUGACAUCUUCUGACACUGAAGGAGAUGACACUGAUGGAAGUGAAAGGAGCAGUCCAUCCAAAGCUAGAUUUGAACCUAAAGUGUACUUAAAAAACAAAGAAAAUCAAGUUAUUGCCCUUUAUCGAUCAGUGCUUCAUGGGAAGUUGGCUGUUCCUCAUUGUCAAAAAGAUCUGGUUUCUUUAGCAUCUCAGUUACCAAGUCAAAUGAAAUGGUUAAUAAUUCUGGUUGGAGGAGGACAUUUUGCUGCAGCUGUAUUCAAUGGUACAGAAGUUGUUUGUCAUAAGACUUUUCAUCGAUACACAGUACGAGCCAAGCAAGGAGGCUCACAGGGUUCCAAGGACUCAAGGCAAGGAAUCCAACCGAAAUCUGCCGGAGCAAGUUUACGUCGCCACAAUGAAAUGGCUAUUAUACAGGAUAUCCAGACACUACUGAAUUCCUGGUCUGAUGAGCUACAAACCUGUGAUAGAAUAUUUUAUAGGGCUCCCAGCUUUAAUAGAGUAACUUUAUUUGGAAAUAAAAACCCACCCUUUAAGAAGAAUGAUCCACGUCUUCGUACCAUCCCUUUUCCUACCCGCCGAGCAACAUUCAGUGAAGUCCAACGCAUUCACAGAAUUCUAGCUACAUUAGAAUGUUUUGGAAUGGAAAAGGAUUUUGUAGACACCUCAGUAAUACCAAGAUCACCUAAAUUUCAUAUUAGUCCUUCCAAGCCUAAGAAAGUUCCUCAACCCUGCACUGGAACAUCCUCAAACACAAGCUGUAAACCUGUUGAUAACAGCAGCGACAUUGGAAUUGUUAUUGAAAAUCAGUCCAAGACAGAAGAUGAUGAUCAGGCAAUUCUGAAGAUCACCAGUAAUACACUGAAUGAUGCAGAUAUUUGGAGUGAUCCCCCUAAUACCCUGGCUUUAGAUUUGGAAGACACAGUUCUUACAAUAACUGAAGAAAUAAAUGAUACUACUCAAUUGAAAGAAUUUGAUGGAACAUACAAACCUAGGAGAAAUAGGCAUAAGAAAGGAAAAAAGAAAGAUAAUGGUUUUUCUAAAAGGCAACAAGAUCCUCACAGUGAAGCUUUAGGUGAGGAAAAGUUCUGCAUGAGGAACACCCUAUACUUGGCUUGUAAAACUGGUGACCUCACAGAAUUAACAUCUAUACUUCAUGUUUUAAAGAAAAACACUGAAACAGUGGAAAAACUUACUUGUGGUGAAACUAUAACAAAGUUUGAAGAUAGUCAAGUAAACCCAGAAAGAGUAAGCCAGACUCAAUCUUUUCAUGUCAAUAGUCCACUCAAGAGGUCCACUCGCUCACGACACAGCAGUGGGGGAUCAGUUAUGGAUGAGGAAAUGAGAAAUAAAGCAAAAGACUUAAAUCCUUUUUCUGUAUUUCAUGAAAGAAUUUGUGUAAAGAAAAUAUCUGUAUCAGAUAGUGAAGUUCCUCUUUCUCCAAAGUCUCGUUUCCACCGUCGUCGAAGUCAUUCACGCUCUUUCUCCGGGUCUGAAAGUGACUCUACUCCACCUGUUAACCUUACUAUAUUAAAUGAGCCAAUCAGUGACACAGGGUCAACUUUACUGCACGUGGCUGCCAAGGAAGGUCAGAGAGAAAUAGUCAGAUUGUUGAUGGAAAAUGGUGCUGAUCCUAGUACAAAAGAUAAAUAUGGAAAAACCCCUUACUUAAUGGCAAAAGACAAAGAAACUAGAAACGAGUUUCGAAGGUUCAUGGGAAACUUCCCAGAAAAAUACAAUUAUGACAUGUCCCAGAUUCCUAGUCCCUUAAAUGAAGAAAUUGAAAGAGAAAAAUUAGCAAAGUUAACUGAGAAGAAAAAAGAGAAGAGAAAAGCCAGGAAAGAGAAAAUCAAGGAAAAGAAAGUUGCUGAAACCCGACAGAAAGCAGAAGAGGAAGAGAAACAAAGGUUUUUGUCUCUGAGUGACAGGGAAAAACGGGCUAUUGCUGCAGAAAAGAGAAUCAGUGAGCAUCUUGCCAGUGUCGGUCAACCUCCACCAGCGUUCAGCCGGUGUUUCCAGUGUGGGGUUGACAUUUCUGGAAAGGUACCUUUUGAAUACAACAAUUGUCUGUUCUGUUCAACAAGUUGUGUGAAGACACACAGGAAGAAGUGUUCCAGCUAACACUAGCUUACUAGGGAUUUACACAUAUAAAAUUCAACCUUUUUCUUCUAAACUUGCAUUAUAUCAAGUAUUCUUUAACUUGUUGUAACAAUGGGUAAUAGUUUUAAAAAUGAUUUUACAUCUACAAGAGGUAUUUUUAAUUUUCCUGUAAAACAGUUAAGCAUAUUUGUUCUUUUUAGAGAUUUCAUGGGUGUUAUUCACUACAGUGUACACAUAUCUACUGAAUAUUUAAGUUUUUUUUUUUUUUUAAUCAAAACAAAAUUUAGAUUAUUCAGAUAAUGUUUCUGUUUAAGAUAUAUUUUUUUGACCUACAAAUAAUUAAUCAACUCUUUACUAAAACUUAAAAAGUUUGUAGUGUGUAUUUUUGAGUGAAAUAUUAUCUACAGAAACACAGUACAGCUACACCACAACAGUAUCAAAACUAAGAUGUUUUAUUGGAUCUUGUGUGCCAAAAUUGUGGAAAGAUAUUAAACAUUCAAUACACUAAUGCAAAUCUUCUACAUACAUCAUGAAGAAUUGUCCCAGUGUUUAAUAUGUACCAUUUCACCAAGCAGGUUUUCCUUAAACCAUCUCUAUUUGAGUACUUGGACGAUAUUCAGCUAUUAAUUAUGGCUUUUAAAUACAAACAAAAACACUUAUGUAAACUUGCAGAUUUGAAUUGCAUACAUUAAUAUAUAUAACUUUUCUGCAUGGUUUUUAAUGCAUUAAUUAUGUUUCAGUUUUCUCAAUUUAUUGAUUUUAAUUUCAUAGUAACUUUCUGAACAAUUUUCAAAGAGUGUAAAUCUUAGAAGCUUGUCUAUAUUUUUUGUGAAGCAGUUCUCAUGUAAUUAACACUACAUCCUCGUGAUCAGUUACCAAGGAAAGUCAUACAUGAUUUUUUAAGGCCUGUUUAUAUUUAAAUACUUUUGUUCAGUUUACUCCUAUCAAUUUUGAGAAUUCAUGCCAUUAUAACAAAUGAUCUGCUGUGUCUUUUCUUAUCUGGCUAAAAACACAGUUUUUUACCAAAUGUACCAUUUUUGAAGUCGAUUCUUAGUAUUUUUUAAUUGUUCACAUUAAUAUAUAUUUGUUAAAGAACAUUAAGUACCAUGUUUUAGAGCUUUACCUUUAUUUCUGCUUUGCUUACAAAUGUAACUUGUAUUUCCUCAGUGUAACACAGUUGGUAAUAUUUUUCUUUCUUAAUGAACCUUUGUUUAUUUCUCAUUGGGUUGCAAUGCAUUUCCUAACAACAUAAAUGAUACCAUUUUCCAUUUCGUGGACCAAAAUUCUAACAAAUGAUUAUUCUUUGGUAAUUCUUGAACAGUGGCAUCAGAUAAAUUCCUCUAACGUUUAAAAACAUAAAAGAUAAAAAAAAGGUUAAAUAGAAACUUUUGAAAAAGUGGAUUUCCCAAAAUCUGCCAUUAAAGUAAACGAGGAAAAAAUAAACCCAAAUGUGCACACACACAUAUGUCUCGGUGAUAAACACCCAUGGAUCCUAGUUUACAUCCCAAAUUGUUCUGUUGAAACUGUUUAAGUUAUUUUCAGAUGUAAAGAAAAAUCUGUUAUUCUGUAACUAAAUAUAGAGAUUUCAUGACCUUAAUAUGUGAAUAGAAAUCAAAUGCUUUAUCUUUUUUUAUGAUUUAUGUUUAUAAAGUAUUUGUAAAAAAAAGUAAUAUUUAUGUUGAUGUUUAUUUUAUUUCUUCUUCUAAGAUGAUAAUGACAGCUUAUAUUGGCAUGUAGUGAAUGUUAACCUCUGAAACACAACAGGUCAAAAAGAAAAAGGUUGUUGAAUAUUAAGUUGUUUUUGUAAGACAUUUUUCAGGUUGUGGCUUUUAAAUGAUUAAAUGUAUUAAGCAAUU